GCGCCCGUCGUCGAGCUGCUUCGCGAAAGGAGUGCCAAAAAGCGAGCAAGCUGCGCCGGAAGGGGGUAGCCCGGGCUUCUCGCGAAGGCCUCAAGAUUUCGGACGCGACGGCGGCCCUGGACCUGCGCGCCCAGUCGCAAGCCCAAUCGGAAUUUGGCCUGGAGCAGCAGCCCCAGCAACCCCAGCAGCAACACCACCACCAUCAUCAGCCCCAGCAGCCGCAACAGCAGCACAGUCCCAACGAGCAGCAGCCGCAACCGCCGCAGCAGCAGCUUCACCACCAUCAUCAGCAGCAACCGCCGCCCCACCAGCAGCAGCAACAGCAGCAGCUGCACCUCCAGCAGCAGCAGCAGCAGCAGCAGCAGCAGCAGCAACAACAGCAGCAGCCACAAAAUCCGGCGGAGGUGGUUCGGCCUCAUCAGCCCUACCAUCAUCAGCCGCUCCAGCAGCAGCACCUGCAGUACCAUCCCCAGCACCAUCCCGGUAACCACCAUCACAGUGGCGAUUCGGGGGGUGGGAUAGACGGAGGUGGAGGAGGUGGCGGCGGAGGAGGUGGUGGCGGCCCAGAGCACAAUAGUGGUGCUGCUGCGGUUGCAGCCGACGGAGCGGGCAUCAGGCCCGCCAAGCUCCACAACGAGGACGACGAGGACAUCACCGAAAGGGACGAGGACGAGGACGACGAGGAGCCAAGCUCACCGGAACCCGAUCUCGCACCCGAGCCAGAGCCCAUGGAGGUUCAGGCAUCGGCGGUAUCCGCUGCGGCGGCCAAUUUACACGCGCUCAGACAGCAUGUUUUCAAAAUGUCAGAUUACUGGCAGCAACCUCAGCGAGGUCCACCUCAGCACUCGCCAGGCAUGCAGCACAGUCCGUUGCAAAACUCGCAGCAACAGCAGAACCAACACAGCCAACAGAAUUCCCUACACAGUCCUCUUGGUCAGCAGCAGCAGCAGCAGCAGCAGCAGCAGCAGCAACAGCAGCAGCAACAGCAACAGCAGCAGCAGCAGCAACAGCAGCAGCAGCAGACCAAUACCCAACAGGUGCAGCAGCAUACGGCCAACGGUGGACUCGCGCAGACUGCUUCGCAGCUGCAGCAGCAGCAGCAACAACAGCAGCAACAGCAGCAUGCGAUAUCCAUGGCACAGGGUUCUCAGGGAACACAGCAUCAGUCUUCCCCAGCGCCUACCACGCCAUCGCCGCAGGCUGACCAUCAGAACGCUAUUGCCUCGAGCAUGGCCCAGAGUCUACACAGCCUCGCCCAGGCACAGGCUCAGCAGUCGAUGUCACAGGCACCGAGCCCAUCGCUGGCCGUGCAAGCGGUUCAAGCAGCUCAAGCGUUAAACACAAAUCUCGGCCAGGCCUUAAGCCAGGCGUUGCAGCAGAAUAUGCAGCAGAACCUCGGCCAAACCCUUCAACACAACUUGGCCCAGAGCCUUACGCCAAGUCUGUCACCACAGCAGCAACAGCAGCUGCUGAAUCAACCACAGAACUUGAGCCAGGCGAGCCAAAAUUUGCAGCAAAAUAUGCAGAACCAAGCGCAGAACCUCAGUCAGUCGCUGCAGCAGCAGGCGCAAAACCUCAGCCAAAGUCUCAACCAACAGACGAUGCAGCAGCAGGCACAAAACUUGGCACAGCAGGCCCAGAAUCUCACGCAGAAUCUUCAGCAGCAGGCGCUCAAUAUGGCCAAUUCCAUAAGCCAGAACGGUCUUGCUGGCAUGAACGUAACGAGUAAUCAACAGCCGCAAAACAACCAGAACUCGAUGAUGAGUCCUGGACCUGGCAGUCAAGAUUCGCACGAAGCCGCGCUCACGGAGAAGCUCGUCAACGAGCUACAGUCUCGAGCAGCCAACCUCGUGGGGAGCGCCGCCGGCGGUGGCAACGCGGCCGCAGCUGCAGGAGGAGGAGGAGCAGGCGCCGGCGGCAUGGGCAACAUCAGCGAUCGCACCCUCGAGGAAUGCUGGUCCACUCUGCAGCGAUUCUUCUCGCAGAUAUUCAUGCACAAGAACGCGAUGCAGAUGCACGCGCGGGAGCUGAGCGUGGCGCAGAACGCGCUGAACGCGGCGGCGGCGGCCGGUCGUGGACCGGGAACCGGAGGCGUCGGUGGCGUCGGGGGUGGUCUUGGCAGCUUAGGUGGUGGCCUCGGCGUUGGAGUUGGCCCUGGUGGCAUGAUCACCGGCAACGAGGUUAAGCCACAUCAAUGUCAGCAGUGCCUCAAGUCAUUCUCGAGCAAUCAUCAGCUCGUGCAACACAUCAGGGUCCACACGGGUGAAAAACCCUACAAGUGCAGCUACUGCGAUCGCAGGUUCAAGCAGCUCAGCCACGUGCAGCAACACACGAGGUUACAUACCGGCGAGCGGCCGUACAAGUGCCACCUACCCGACUGCGGCCGUGCCUUUAUCCAGCUAUCAAAUCUGCAGCAGCACCUGAGGAAUCACGAUGCGCAGGUGGAACGCGCGAAGAACCGGCCGUUCCAUUGUAACAUUUGCGGCAAAGGCUUUGCUACGGAAUCCAGUCUCAGGACCCAUACGUCGAAGGUCAGUCAUAAUCAUUGCCAAAUGCUACUAGCCUCACAAUUACUGCCGAAUCAAGUUGACAUUAGGGAGCUGCAACAGCGUGUCGUGUUCCAGCAACACAACUCACUAAUCGGUGGCCCCAGCGCCACAAGCUGUCCUGUCUGCCAUAAGCUAUGUCUCGGUGGUGAAGCCCUCAUGGAACACAUGAAGAUCACCCAUAAGGAUCCUAAUGCCUCCGGUGUUGCCAUUCCCACCGCUGACUGCACGACCUCCGUUGCCGGGGUUUACUUAGCCAAAAGACGCACCGCCAACCAUCCGUGUCCGGUAUGCGGCAAGCACUACGUGAACGAGGGCAGCCUCAGGAAGCAUCUUGCCUGCCAUCCGGAGACCAGUCAACUCAGCACCAGCCUAAGGAUGUGGCCAUGUUCCGUAUGCCAAUCUGUUUUCACGAACGAGACUGGUUUGCUAACGCACAUGGAGCACAUGAGGAUGGAUCCGAAGCAUCAGUUCGCAGCGCAAUACGUGCUGAGUCGAGCGGCAGCGGAGAAGCGGGAACGCGAGCUCCUCGCUGGCUCGAGUCUGGAACGUUAUCUCUCGUGUUCAGGAGCCGGCUUGGGUGUCUUCGGCAGUCAAAUGGGUGGACCCCAGAAUCUUCAGCAACCACCGAUGUGUCCUUCGCCAUCAGCUCACUCGGAUAGUAGCAGCGGCAAUGGCAGACUGUCGUCGGCCGGCAGCGAAACUGAUUUUUACGCAGGCGCCGGUCUAUUGAAUAACAACAAUAACAAUAACAACAACAACAAUAUGGCGUCGCCGGGUCCGAGUGGCAAUAAGCUCAGUGAAAUGCUGAGAGCUGGUAAUCAACAGACGACGGCACAACAGUACCACGACGAGAUGCAGUCGCAGCAGCAACGGAUGGCCGUUAUGGCAGCCGCCGUAUCAGCAGGUCUGCAAAACUCGGUAUCGCCAAAUCUGUCGCCCGUUGAAGUGGCGUCGCUCGCGGCGGCCAUGCGAAUGGGUAACAAUGGUGACAUGAGUGGGGCAGGUCAAGGAUCGACAGGCGGACCAGGACAGCAGCAGGGCGUUCAGUCAUCGGGCACUGAACAGGCAAUUAGGCUACAGCAGGCCGAGGCGCUGCUACGCUCGCAGGCCGAGCACGCACUUAGGCUCGCUGUGUCGCAAGCGGCUGCAGCAGCGGCGAGUUCUGCGAAUGACAUGAGACAUCAUUUGGGACAGCAUAAUGGCGGGGGUAGUACUGGCAUCCCAGGACACCACACUAACCAACAGCUUUCUCAACAAGACACGCUAUCUCCAGACUUGGGAGAGGCAUUGAGACUUCAAGAGCAGCGGUUAGAACAUGCGCUAAGGUUGCACACGGACCCGCGGGCCCUGAGCUUUACCCUCCAGCACGUGGUUAACCAACAGAACAAUCAGCAACCAUGAAAAUUC